AUGAGCGGCAAGCGCAAGCCGUCGUCGUCGUCGAGCAAGAGCGAGGAGGAUGAGCUGGGGCGAGGCGCCCGCACCAAGACGCAGCCGAAGAAGAAGAAGAACGCGCUGACGGCCGACCAGCCGCCCGAGCUCAAGGAUGAGCCGGCCGCCGGCUCGGCCAGACCCCGCCUCCGUCGGGAGCCGCUGCCGAUGAAGCUGCGCGCGCUGCCGCAGUCUUUCUGGCUGCAGCCCAACGCCAACCAGACAUCCCCCAACACGGGCUCUCUGCCGCCGCUAGUUACCACGUCCAAAGACGCGCAGGACAUCAACGACGUGCAGCCGAUCACGCCGCCGGACCAGCGAAGUCAGCGGCGCUCCCCGGAGCAGACGAGAAGCUUGACCGUCGGCAACCCGGACCUGCUGUUCUCGCUGUUCGACAACGUCAGCCCGACGGGCGAAAAAAAGCGGCUGGCCGUGCUGAAGCGCAACAGGACCAGGAAAGGUAGCGGCCUGACGGGCGAGACGGCGCACGAGGACGACCCUUACAUGUGCAGCUCGGCCACCGAGUCGAUCCUGCCGCUGCUGCCCGACCGGUCCAGCGGGUCCGGCACCCCCGCCAACAAGGGCACGCAGAUUCUCUCCGUGGUACAGAUCCCCGGAAAUACCGACCGGGAAACGAUUUGCCUGCCAUCUCUGAGCGUGGAACACAACUACGCCAACAUCCUCUCGCAGCUCGUGAUGAAGCUGUAGCGUUCCAGGCCAACACGGGUCAAACACCGUCGCUGUAUACGGCUGCCGUAGCGACAGCAGCAGAGCAAGAAAGCCACUCCCCGGCGCAUCAAACGCGA